CGUCGGUAGGCUGAUGGUUCCGCCCCGGCUCUCUUCCUGCUCAGCUCCUCUGUCUCUGCUCACGCCGCUCCGCCGCACAGCAACUCACAACUUCCAGAACCGGGACACAUCGACAUUUCGGGCGCUGUGGUGUUGAAGAGCUCACUGUACAGACCGACAGGCAUCAUGGUGAACAUCCCAGAAUACUUUGCAGGGAAGACGGUGCUGAUCAGUGGAGCAACAGGCUUCAUGGGCAAGGUGCUGCUGGAGAAGCUGCUGCGCUCCUGCCCAGAAGUCAAAAGUGUGUAUGUGUUGGUCCGGUCCAAAGCCGGUCAGAGCCCCCAGGCUCGCAUCGCUGACAUGAUCAACUGCAAGUUGUUCGAAAGGCUGCAGGGCGAGCAGCCCGGCUUUGCAGAGAAGAUCACAGCAGUGAGCAGCGACCUGAUCCGGCCCGAGUUGGACCUGAGCAAGGAGGAUCAGAGCAUCCUGGCCGACAACAUCAACGUUGUGUUCCACUGUGCCGCCACCAUCCGCUUCAACGAGCCCCUCAAAGAUGCGAUGCAGCUGAACGUGCUGGCUACUCAGAAGAUGCUGGCCCUGGCCCACAGGAUGAAGCAUCUGGAGGUCUUCCUUCACGUCUCCACCGCCUACGCCAACUGUGACCGAGAGCUCAUUGAGGAAGUCGUAUACACCCCCCCCGUAGACUACCGCAGACUCAUCGAUUCUCUGGACUGGAUGGAUGAUGAGCUGGUGUCUGCUCUGACUCCCAAGCUCAUCGGGGAGCGUCCCAACACCUACACCUUCACCAAAGCCUUGGCUGAGUACAUGGUGCAGCAGGAGGCCGGAGACCUGAACGUCGCCAUCGUCAGACCCUCCAUCGUGGGAGCCAGCUGGAAGGAGCCCUUCCCUGGCUGGAUUGAUAACUUCAAUGGACCUAGUGGAAUCUUCAUUGCCGCCGGUAAGGGGAUCCUGCGUACCAUGAGAGCAUCCAACGAUGCGGUGGCUGACCUGGUGCCGGUGGACGUGGUCAUCAACGCUACGCUGGCUGCAGCCUGGUACUCUGGCUCUCAGACACUCAACAGGUCUAAAAACCUCAUGGUGUACAACUGCACCACCGGAGGGAUCAACCCGUUCCGCUGGGGAGAAGUUGAGUACUGUAUAAACAUGACCUUCAAGACCAAUCCCUUAGAGCAGGCUUUCAGAAGGCCCAAUGUCAAUCUGCGCUCCAACCCCCUUACUAAUCAGUGCUGGACCGCGCUCAGCCACACGCUGCCCGCCCUGCUGUAUGACGGCUAUCUCAGGCUGACAGGCCGCAAGCCCCGGAUGAUGAAGACAAUCACACGCCUCCACAAAGCCAUGAUGGUCCUGGAGUAUUUCACCAGUCACUCCUGGGUGUGGAGCAACGACAACGUCGCCAUGCUGAUUGGCCAGAUGAGCCAAGAGGAUAAGAAGGUUUUCAAUUUUGAUGUGCGUCAGCUGCACUGGGCGGAAUACAUGGAGAGUUACUGUAUGGGCACCAAAAAAUACGUCCUGAAUGAAGAGCUGUCGGGCCUGCCUGCUGCACGCAAACACCUCAACAAGCUGAGGAACAUCCGCUACACCUUUAACACCGUCCUCGUGGUGCUCAUCUGGCGCGUCUUCAUCGCCCGAUCCCAGAUGGCCAGGAACAUCUGGUACUUUGUGGUGAGCCUCUGCUUCAAGUUCCUGUCCUACUUCAGAGCGUCCUCCACCAUGAGAUAAUGAUCCAGGAGACGGGGGGGUGGGGGGUGGGGCGAAUUGAUGAAGAAACACUGGCUGUGGAGGAUGAAGGGUCCCUGAGCUCAAGGCCUCUCGCUGUCCCCGCUCUGCCUGGAGGAUCAGAUAGAAACAGAACUCCUGGAGUCCACAGCCAUCUGUAGCAUUUAAUAACACAGAGCAUGGAUCUGUGUUACAGUGCUCAGACUAACAACCUUCGAACGAGGAGCCCACCCCCACCCCCCACGCAUUCACACUCGCUCCACCUGGCCUGCCUGCCGCCUGAAACUAAGCUAUGCAUCGGAUGACGCUCAGCUGCAGAACCACUCCGUUUGCUUUCAGUCCUUCCAGUCUUCCUCUUCUUCUUCCUCCCUAUUUCUCUGUCACCUGAAAACAUCUCCAUUUCUUUUUUUUCUACCUUUGCAUUCGUGAUUGUUUUCUAGUCAGAAUGUUUUUGUUGUUUUUAAAAAAUAGGUUGCUGCCAGCUUCUGGGGGGGGUUUGCUUAUUGAGUCUGAGGCAGCUAUGGGAACUGACUGAGUGAAGGCUUGUUCAGGGAGAGGCACCGCCCCCCCCCUGUUCGUCAGUGGCUAGCCAUAAUCAGCAGAAUUGUAUACGGCGGCUUUCCCCUGUGCCUACACACUGAUUGUACUUCCAUCAGCAGACCCUGCUCAUGCCCCUUUUCCACCAAACCACUUCCAGGACUAGAGCCUGAUUAAGCUCUGGUUCUUCUGUUUCCACCGCAGCGAGGCCGGUUCUAAUCACCGAAAACCGGUUCUUAGCUGGCACCACUCGGCUGCCCGGCAAGAACCCAUACACCACACUUCGUUCGGAGGGGAGAGAUUAAACGCUCAACGACGUAAACGGUGAUGUCAUGACGCAGCACCAGUCGGUCUCUGGGCGGUGGAAACACUACUGGGUUCGGAACCAUAAAAGCCCUAGCUUGGAGCUAGAGCUGGAACUGGUUUGGUGGUAAAGGAGCGUAAGGAAGCUUCUUCUUCUACAGGUUUAUUUUGCCUCCUUUCUGAAGUCAUUCAUCUUAAAGCUCUGUUAUAGACUGUUAUACAAUACUUUUUUUUACACUAGCUCCAACAGUAGCUCAUACUCUGUUGAAGUGUAUUCCUCUGGUGUUUGUCAUUUUUAUGGGUCAUUUUCUAUAUUAGUUCUGUGAAUAUGCAGGAUUUGCUAAUGCUAUUUAUAACCUGCUGUUAAACUCCGGGAUCGCUCUGUUGCCUUCUUCAUCCUGUCUUGUUGCAUAAGAUAUUAGUUUUGUUUGUGUUCAGAGGAGGAGCACUGGUGUGUUUCUCUGGGUUUCCUACCAUCGUUGCCAUAUUGAGUCUUAUCACGCCCAAGGUUUCCAUGUUUCCUGUCCUGGAGCAGAGGUGUUGGCCCGCAGGGUGUGACCAUGUGCUCCUCUCCAGUUGUUUGCAUGUCUCAAAGUGUCUUAGCCAUAGCAGCUACACACGCCUACAUGUGGUAUCUCUCAUCCUCGCAGCAUGAGCCGUUUGACAGAGGAUCAUGUGACCUGGUGGAAGGAUGCACCCUCUCUGAAAGAUGUGUGAAUCGUGCCUGAACCUUUUUUAAUAUUCUAACAAUGUGAAAUUAGAUCUGUUUUGUAAUUAUUUUGUGUACAGCUCUAUUUAGGUAGACUUCAAAUGACAGAUGUAUUUUUAUGCUGAUGGCAUGCGUGGAUAUUUUACUGACCAGAAGCUUAUGGAUCUGUAAAUAAUAAUAGGUAAAUAUGUAAACAUGAGUUCAGUAUGUGUAGAGCUGAACUGUUAAAGGUUGCUUGUAUCUGUGCUGUAUGUUCCUGUACUCUGCUUGUCUCUGAAUGUAACAGAAUAACAGCCUGACUUGUUUGCAAA